AUGGGAUGGGGAAACACCAUUACCAGGCGCCUCAAGGUUUUCUCUAUGGCACUGUUUAUCUACUUCGACUAUAAGGCUGUUCAGAAGAGAGUUCAAUGGGUUAGCACUGGUAAAAAGAGUGCUAUAUGGAAGAAAACACAUGAGCGAAAUGCUCGCCGUGUCCUCAACCUGAUGAUAGAGUUAGAAGGUUUAUGGGUGAAAAUGGGCCAAUAUUUAUCCACAAGAGCAGAUGUACUUCCUGAACCCUACAUAAAUGUCCUCAAGCAGUUGCAGGAUUCACUUCCUCCACGCCCUUUUGAAGAGGUUCGUGGAACAAUAGAGAAAGAACUUGGAGAACCCAUGAGUGAUCUAUUUGCUGAUUUUGUCGUGGACCCUCUCGCAACCGCAUCAAUAGCGCAAGUUCAUCGUGCAACUCUGGCAGAUGGCAGAGAAGUAGUUGUCAAAAUUCAGCAUGAUGGUGUCAAGGAGAUCAUAUUAGAGGAUCUAAAGAAUGCAAAAUCAUUGGUUGAAUGGAUAGCGUGGGCAGAGCCUCAGUAUGAUUUUAAUCCAAUGAUUGAUGAAUGGUGCAAGGAGGCUCCAAAGGAACUUGAUUUCAACCAUGAAGCAGAGAAUACUAGGGCCGUCUCCAGGAAUCUUAGUCGCAAAACUGACUGUGGGAGUGGCAGUGUUUCCAGUGCUGUUGAUGUACUCAUUCCAGAAGUUAUUCAGUCAACUGACAAGGUUCUAAUUUUGGAAUAUAUGGAUGGGAUUCGCUUAAAUGAUAAUGAUUCAUUGGAAGCAUAUGGUGUUGACAAGCAAAAACUGGUCGAAGAGAUAACCCGUGCAUAUGCUCAUCAAAUAUACAUUGAUGGCUUCUUUAACGGCGACCCUCACCCUGGUAAUUUUCUUGUGAGCAAGGAACCUCCGCAUAAACCGAUUCUCCUUGACUUUGGGCUCACUAAGCGCAUAUCUAAAUCUAUGACGCAGGCACUAGCAAAAAUGUUUUUGUCAUGUGCAGAGGGAGAUCAUGUGGCACUGCUGUCAGCAUUUUCAGAGAUGGGGCUUAAACUGCGGGUUGACAUGCCUCAGCAGGCUAUGGAUAUUGCCACAAUAUUCUUUCGCCAGUCAACCACAGCAAGUGAAGCAAAGGAGAACAUAAAGGCACUAAAUGACCAAAGAGAGAGAAAUAAAAAAGCUCUUCAAGAAAAGAUGAAAUUGAACAAGAAGGAGGUUCAACGCUUUAAUCCUGUUGAUGCUUUCCCUGGGGAUGCCAUAAUAUUUAUGAGGGUCUUGAAUCUCCUCAGAGGUCUUUCAGCUUCACUAAAUGUUAGGAUAGUUUACCUGGACAUCAUGAGGCCAUUUGCUGAAUCAACUUUGUUAGGGAGUUUGACACACGGACAAAUACCUAACAGUCAGUGGAUUUUUGACUCACCUGCUAACUCUGAUGUGGAGUCUAAACUGAGAAAUUAUCUGCUUGAGUUGGGAAGCGACAAAAUUUUAGGAAUACAGGUCUGCGCAUAUAAAGAUGGAAAGGUCAUAAUAGAUACUGCUGCUGGUAUGUUGGGGAAGUAUGAUCCCCGACCUGUUCAACCUGAUUCUCUCUUUCCUGUUUUCUCAGUGACUAAGGGUAUCACUGCUGGGAUGGUACAUUGGCUUGUGGACAAAGGGAAGCUGAAGUAUGCGGAAACAGUUGCCAACAUAUGGCCAAAUUUUGGAACUAAUGGAAAGGAGUUAAUAAAGGUCCAUCAUCUUCUAAAUCACACAUCCGGUUUGCACAAUGCACUGGGUGAUGUGGUGAAGAAUGAUCCUUUGUUGGUAUGUGACUGGGAGGAGACACAAAACCAGAUUACGAAGUGUACACCUGAGACCGAACCUGGUUCCACACAAAUUUACCAUUACCUCUCCUUUGGUUGGCUGUGUGGGGGAGUCAUAGAGCAUGCAUCUGGGAAGAAGUUUCAAGAGGUUCUAGAAGAGGCUAUUGUUCGUCCUCUUCACAUUGAGGGGGAGCUAUAUGUUGGCAUUCCACCAGGUGUUGAAACUCGGCUGGCAGCGCUGACAGUUGACACCGAGGAGCUCCAGAAGCUAUCAGGAAUCAGGGCAGGGGCAGAUGUGCCACCAGCUUUGCUGAACAACAUCGCGCAGAUGGCGUCUGGUCUACCAGCUCUUUUCAACACACUAAAUGUCCGGCGGGCCAUCAUCCCUGCUGCUAAUGGCCACUGCUCCGCUCGUGCGCUCGCUCGAUACUACGCGGCGCUAGCGACAGGUGGUUCUGUUCCUCCGCCGCAUUCUUCUGGCUCCAAGCCGCCCCUCGGCAGCCAUGUGCACACCCCCAAGUUCCCCACCGCACCACUCAAGAAGAAGAAGGGCACUGGAAAGAAGAAGGGCGGCAGUGGCUCCACGGGAAACCUCCAGGAUGUCAACAGCACUGACAAGAACGGGUACAGCCAGCUGUGCACCAGUGACGCCGACAGUGAAGCUGCGGCGGUGGUGUUGGGAAGUGGCGGCAGCAGCAGGAUGUUCAGCAGCGACAAGAUCCUCGACGCGUUCAUGGGCGUCGGCGAGUACGAGGGCAUGGCGCAACAGGACGGCAAGUUCGGGCUCGGGUUCAGGAGGUACGACAAUGCCAGCAGCGGCAAGAUGAGGUACUUCGGGCACUCCGGGAUGGGCGGGUCGACCGGGUUCUGCGACGUGGAGAACAACUUCGCCAUCGCGGUGAUGGUGAACAAGCUGUCGCUGGGGAGCGUCACGCGCGGCGUCAUCCGGCUCAUCCUCGAAGAACUGGGCCUGCCUGUGCCGGACGAGUACUCGGCCACCGGCGAGAAGGGGCCUGACAUGGUGCUCAACCUGACACCACCUGAGCAACUGAGAUGA